AUGGCCCAUGCUUCAAAUACCUCCGCUGCUGCUGGUGCUGCAGCAGGGAGGUUCGAUGCAAAGGGGGAGAUGGGGGCAGCAGGGGGGGCGGGGGCUGGAAGGGCAGAGGGGGGGGAGAUGGGGGCUCUAGUCGCGGAUGGUGCAGGCGCGGGGGGAGGAGAGGCUGUGGAGAUGGGGGGAUUCGCGGAAGGAGGGGUGGGGAUGGGGGGAGAGGAUGGAAUGGGGGGCAUGGGGGGCAUGGGGGGAAUGGGGGGCAUGGGGGGGACGGGGGGAAUGGGGGGGACGGGGGGAAUGGGCAUGGGGGGGAUGCUGAAGCUUGAGCCAGUGGAGGGUAUGGAAGGGGAGGAUGGGGAGAAUCUGGAUCUAGACGUGGGCAUGGAGGAGGGGGGUGGGGAGGAGGCGUUGGGAGCAGGGGCAGGAGGAGGAGGAGGGGGAGGAGGAGAAGGAGGGGCAGGAAGGGCGGGGGUGAGUGAGGAUGAUGAUGACAUGGCAGGCGUGGGCGGUGCUGCGGAGCUGGACAGUGACGGGAGUGACAUGGCAUUUCCGUUUGGCUCGGUUGAUCUGUCGGCCCCUCCUGCCCCUCCUGCCCCUCCUGCCCCUCCUGCCCCUCCUGCCCCUCCUGCCCCUCCUGCCCCUCCUGCCCUCCUGCCCGCCCUCUCCUCCCCCAGGCCCUCUCCUCCCCCAGGCCCUCUCCUCGCUGUGGGGAGACUUUUGAGCCACAUGCUGGGGCUGCUGCCGGGCUCUCCACCGUUCAUGAAUGCCGACGAUGCUGAGAUGCCAAUCAGCCCCACCUAUGCUUUCCCAUGCCUCCACUCUUCCCCUCCUGCCCCUCCUUCCCUUCCUGCCCGCCCUUUCCUCCCCCAGGCGGCCACAUGCUGGGGCUGCUACCGGGCUCUCCACCUUUCAUGA